UCAUUCAUUCAAAACAUGGACAAUUUCUCAAUCCUUAGCCGUUUGAUUUAUCUGACAAACUUUCCACGUAGGACUAUUGUCUUGAUCUUAUAACCCUCUUUCAUUAAUAUUCUCCUACAGCUUUACCCCACUUUCCUCUCUUUUCAUUUUUUCACUUCCUUUGGUUUUUAUUUUCAAUCCCUUUCUCUUCUCUCUCUCAUUCAUUAUUGUUCAGAUUUCUCAGCUAGCUUGAUUCAAUCUAUCUAUGGCUUUGCAUUUUCUUCUUCUCCUUUUUGCAGUUUCUCUUGUUGCAGCUGAUGAAGAUCCUUUUAUUGGAGUGAACAUUGGAACAGAACUCUCAGAUAUGCCACAUCCUACUCAAGUAGUCGCGCUACUCAAAGCACAACACAUUAGUCAUGUUCGAUUGUACGAUGCUGAUCAAGCUAUGCUCAUUGCGCUUGCAAAAACAGGCAUUCAAGUUGUUAUAACUGUCCCUAACGAAGAACUCUUAGCAAUUGGUCAGUCGAAUGCUUCGGCUGCCAAUUGGGUUUCUCGUAAUGUGGUAGCACAUUAUCCGGCCACCAAUAUCACUGCCAUUUGUGUUGGUUCUGAGGUUUUAACCGCAUUACCUAAUGUGGCAAAAGUUCUUGUCAAUGCAAUUAAGUACAUUCAUUCAGCACUUGUUGCAUCAAAUCUUGAUCGCCAAGUUAAAGUCUCGACACCCCUUUCUUCAUCCAUCAUACUUGACUCAUUUCCUCCUUCUCAAGCUUUCUUUAACCGAUCACUGAAUUCAGUUUUAGUCCCAAUACUCGAUUUCUUGCAGUCCACCGACUCUUAUCUCAUGCUCAACAUUUACCCUUACUAUGAUUACAUGCAAUCAAAUGGUGUGAUUCCAUUAGAUUAUGCACUCUUCAAACCUCUCCCUCCAAACAAAGAAGCAGUUGAUUCUAAUACACUUCUCCAUUACUCCAAUGUCUUUGAUGCCAUGGUCGAUGCAGCAUACUUUGCCAUGGCUUUUCUUAAUUACACAAACAUUCCGGUAGUAGUAACAGAAUCAGGGUGGCCGUCAAAAGGUGCAUCAAACGAGCCCGACGCAACAAUAGACAAUGCCAAUAAUUACAACAGCAAUUUGAUCAAGCAUGUCUUUAACAAAACAGGAACUCCUAAACAUCCUGGAAUCGCUGUUAGUACAUACAUCUAUGAACUCUACAACGAAGAUAUGAAAUCUGGGCCAUUGUCAGAGAAAAACUGGGGUUUGUUUGAUCCAAAUGGCGUUCCUAUUUACAUUCUACACUUGACUGGAUCAGGAGCAGUGUUGGCGAAUGAUACCAGCAAUCAAACCUUCUGUGUCGCAAAGGAUGGCGCUGACCCGAAGAUGAUACAGGCUGCGUUGGAUUGGGCGUGCGGACCUGGAAAAGUGGAAUGCUCUCCAUUGCUGCAGGGACAACCAUGCUAUGAACCAGACAAUGUGAUUGCACAUGCAAAUUAUGCUUUUGACAGUUACUAUAACAAAAUGGGAAAAACUCCUGAUGCAUGUGAUUUCAAGGGUGUUGCUACAAUCACUACCUCAGAUCCAAGUCAUGGUUCUUGUAUAUAUCCCGGAAGUCUUGGCAAAAAUAGCACAUUUGGAAACUUCACAGCACCAUCAAUGAAUUCAAGUUCAGAUUCUUCAGCCUAUAACAUCCACAGCUAUGAAUUGAGAAUUAGAAGUCUUCUAAUGAUGACAGGAUUUCUAAUACUAGGAGUGAUUUUGUUGUAGUUGGAAUAUAUGUUAAGAACACAUUUUAAUCAUUCAAAAAAUUUUGUGGUGGUGAUAAUGCUAGAAAUUGGGAAGUAUUAUUGGUAGCAUUGUGUUGUUUUGUUCAUUCAAUUUUGUACAAAAUCCAGCCAAAGGGUUUGAAAUGAAUGAGGCUUCAGCUAAAUCAUCAUUAUGAUCAUUCUUUUCAGUUAGAGUUAAAUUAA